UCACCUUUGAAUGCGCCCUCCAGUGGCAGGAAGUUGUAAUGGUUAUUGAAAAGUCAUAACGGAAUGACCAUAUGGGAGGCUCGCUAAUUAUGAAACAAGCAAUGAAACACUUGAGGGCUGUAGUUGUUUGGGUGUUUUCACACUUCGUGUUCCUUCUUUUUCCCUGGCUCCCCAGAAUGGCUUCUUCUGAGGAGCAAGGAAGUGCCCCUUGUGGUUUCAUCCGCCAAAAUUCUGGCAACUCCAUUUCCUUGGACUUUGAGCCCAACACUGAGUACCAGUUUGUGGAGCAACUGGAAGAGCGCUACAAGUGUGCCUUCUGCCACUCGGUGCUUCACAACCCCCACCAGACAGGUUGUGGGCACCGCUUCUGCCAGGGCUGCAUCCUGUCCUUGAGAAAAUUAAACUCAGUGCCAAUCUGCCCUGUAGAUAAAGAAGUUAUCAAAUCUCAGGAGAUAUUUAAAGAUAAUUGCUGCAAAAGGGAAGUCCUCAAUUUAUACGUAUAUUGCAAAAAUGCUCCUGGAUGUAAUGCCAAGAUUAUUCUGGGACGAUAUCAGGACCACCUCCAGCAGUGUUCAUUUCAAUCUGUGCCCUGUUCCAAUGAGAACUGUUGGGAAGCAGUGCUCCGAAAAGACCUGAAGGAGCAUUUGGGCGCAUACUGUCAGUUUCGAGAGGAAAGAUGCCUUUACUGCAAAAAGGAUGUGGCAGUAAUCAAUCUGCAGAACCACAAGGAAAACUUGUGUCCUGAGUACCCGGUAUCUUGUCCCAACAAGUGUUUGCAGAGUAUUCCAAGAACUAAGGUGAAUGAACACCUUGCUGUGUGUCCUGAGACUGAACAGGACUGUCCUUUCAAACACUAUGGCUGUACUGUGAAGGGUAAGCGGGGGAACCUGCAGGAACAUGAGCAUUCAGCAUUGCGGGACCACAUGCUUCUGGUUUUAGAAAAGACCUUCCAAUUAGAAGAACAGAUUUCUGACUUAUAUAAGAGCCUAGAACAAAAAGAAAGUAAGAUCCAGCAGCUAGCAGAAACUGUAAAGAAAUUCGAAAAGGAAUUCAAGCAGUUUGCACAAUUGUUUGGCAAAAAUGGAAGCUUCCUCUCAAACAUUCAGGUUCUCACCAGUCACAUUGACAAGUCUGCUUGGCUAGAAGCCCAAGUACGUCAGUUACUACAAAUGGUUAACCAGCAACAAAAUAAAUUUGACCUGAGGUCUUUGGUGGAAGCGAUUGAUACAGUGAAACAGAAAAUUACCCUGUUAGAAACCAAUGAUCAAAGACUAGUCGUUUUAGAAGGGGAGACUAGCAAGCAUGAUGCACACAUUAAUAUCCACAAAGCACAGCUGAAUAAAAAUGAAGAGCGAUUUAAAUUGCUGGAGGGUGCCUGCUACAAUGGGAAGCUCAUUUGGAAGGUGACAGAUUACAAGAUGAAGAAGAGAGAGGCAGUGGACGGGCACACAGUGUCCAUCUUCAGCCAGCCCUUCUAUACCAGCCGCUGUGGUUACCGGCUCUGUGCUAGAGCAUACCUAAAUGGGGACGGGUCCGGGAAGGGGACGCAUCUGUCCCUCUACUUUGUGGUGAUGCGAGGAGAGUUUGACUCACUGUUACAGUGGCCAUUCAGGCAGAGGGUAACCCUGAUGCUUUUGGACCAGAGUGGCAAAAAGAACCACAUUAUGGAGACCUUCAAAGCUGACCCCAACAGCAGCAGCUUUAAAAGACCUGACGGAGAGAUGAACAUUGCAUCUGGGUGUCCUCGCUUUGUGGCUCAUUCCACUUUGGAGAAUGCCAAGAACACCUACAUUAAAGAUGACACCCUGUUCUUGAAAGUGGCUGUGGAUUUAACUGACCUGGAGGAUCUCUAGUCACAACUUGUGGGGUGGGAAGAAAAGUUCUUGGGUCCAGAAGCAUGGAGGAAGACACAUUUGAGGAUCAUGAUGACCUGCAUUUAGAC